AUGGAAGUGUUUGCUGUUCUUGAGCAAACUCUUACAAGAAUGAAAGCUAGUGGUGAGUCUGAUGUUGUAACUUUAAUUGAGUUUCAAAAGAAGAUUGGAUGGAAGAGGCAUACAACAUCUCUUGCCUUGUAUACAAGGAAAAUGCUUUUGGCCCUGAGGCAUGGCAAUGGAUCUAGUAUGUGCUUCCUCUAUGGACGUCAUAAUUCAAUGCGUGUAGAAAUGGAGCACUGUGAUCCGCAAGUACACAGAAGGGAUAUGAAAAAUAAAGGAAGAAAUGUUGUGUGGUCAAUUGCAAUGGAUAAAUGCCUAAUUGAAGCUCUGGUUGUUCAAGCAAAAAAUGGAAACAGAAUUGACAAAUGUUUCAGUGAAAAUGCAUAUGUUGCUGUCUGUGUAGCUGUAAACACUCGUUUCAACUUAAAUUUGAAUAAUCAGAAAAUUAUCAACCGUCUGAAGACACUUAAGAAGAGGUAUAAAGUAAUAAAAGAUGUGCUAAGUCAAGAUGGUUUCUGGUGGAAUCCAAAUACAAAGAUGAUCGAGUGUGAUCGUGAUGAGCUUUGGAAGAGAUAUGUUUCAACACACCCUGAUGCAAAAGGAUUUCGCGAAAAGCAGAUAGAUAUGUAUGAUCAGCUUAAAGUUGUUUGUGGGAAUGAUCAAGCUCCUGGUCGUUGGGCUAAGAUGAAGGGUGAUAAAAAUCAAGUGGACAUGAAGAACUGUGAAGAUGAAUCAGCCUCAUUUGCAUCUCCCAGUUCAGAAAACAUGAGUGAGACAGAUGGAACUGAGUCUUACAGUGUGCCUCCAGAGUAUGGUCAGAUACCGGAGCCUCCUGCGGUUCAACCUCUGAGACAACUUCCCAAACGUCCUUGCAGUUCAGAUGCUCUUCAGGAUGCAUUGAUGACGGUGGCAUCAAGCAUACAACGAUUGGCUGAUUCAAUGGAGCACAGCAAAUGCACAAUUGAUGCUGCAGAGCUAUUUCAGGCUGUGAUGGAGAUAGAUGGGUUGGAAGAGGGAAAACAGAUGUAUGCAUUUGAAUAUUUAAAUGCUGAUCCUGUCAAAGCCAGAGCUUUCCUGACUUACAAUUCUAGGAUGAGAAAGAUAUACUUGUUUAAACAGUUCUGGUGGUGGAGGGGAGGGUGA